AUGUCCAAUAAAGGCGCCAAAUUUACCUUAAAAGUUGUCACAAACAAACAGAAAACCAAAGUCCUGUUUGCAGAGGCCGACAGCCAGUUUGUAGAUGUUUUGCUAAGCUUUCUAACACUUCCCUUAGGAAAAAUUGUGAAAGUCUUGGGGAGCCAUUAUGGGGACAUGUGCUCGGCAAUCGGGAGCCUAACCACUUUGUAUAACGGUUUGGUCGAAUUGGACAUUUCUAAUUUUGAGGCAGAGGGAGGUAAGCUGAUGCUGCUCGACCCAGUGAGUCCGCCUGCUGCAAAGUGUCGUAACCUGAAACUCAAAAUCAAUGAUUAUCGGGCCACGAGAUAUUUUUGCUGCCCGGAUUUAUCUUGCGUUUGUUCGAAAAAGGAGAACAUGAGUUUGUAUUGGGGCAUUGCAAGGUGUGAGUGUGGGAAAGCUUUGACAAGAGAAGUGCCGUUGAGGAGUGUUAAAACGUCGUCCGAGCGUGGUAAUGGAGGUUUUGUUGUUAGUGGAUCGACCUUCGUCAUAUCUGAUGAUCUGAUGAUAAUGCCGAACACUCCAUCGUCCGUUUUAAAAAUUCUUGGCAAUCUUGGGAUUACAGCAGACACUGAUUGGGAUUUGAAGGAUGUGAUUAUUGGAUAUGAUGAGGUCAUGGGUUUGUUAAGAGGAUUGUUUCUUUCCGGAACACCCCUGACGGACAUCGUUCUUAGCAACGGGCAGAUUAAUUUGGCAAUACGAGCCGAACCCAUAAUUCCUCCACCUAAGGCUGAACCAAGACUAAGUUUCUACUAUUACAUGUACGAAAGUAUAGAAUUGAAGGUCAUUAUGCAAAAGUCGACCAACAAGCUAUUGUUUGCUGAAGCUGAUGAGGUCUUCAUGGAGUUCGUAUUUGGUCUUCUCAUGAUUCCGCUAGGAGAGGUUGGGCGACUUCUGGACUGUAAAACUUUUUUUACGAACGUGGACAAUUUGUACUCGAGCGCUAAGGAUCUCAUUAACAGCACGUAUAUUUCCGACCGUGAGAGUGCCAUUAGCAGUCUUGUCGUCCCAACAGUACCUCAUGGUUAUGUUUCAGAGAAAUUUUUUCCUCUUGUGGAUGAAGAAGCUAGUAAAAUGUACUACUAUCAAGGCAAAGGCCCUAGAAAUGACGAAUUUAUGUCCGAUUCUCCCUUUAUGGGAGGUUCAUGUCUCAAGGUUACUGACUUCAAGUUCGAUUCACUAUUUAAGGGACCAAGAAUAUAUAUGGUGAAUGAUGACUUAUGCGUGACACCAGCUUCUAGUAUUACAUCGUAUCUUUCCAAUCUCGGCAGGCUAAAAAUUCCUUUGUCCGAUGUAACUGAACGAGUGGUGCAUGUUGGAUUGGAAGAGGCUUUCGGCAUAUUGAAGGCAUCUCUUGUUUCGAAGCGUGCUUUGUCCUGUGGUCUAAAUCACUUGUUGAUGAAGCAGACAAAGCAAGAAAACUGA